AGCGACCUCUGACAACUCUCAACCGUGACAACAUUCCAUGUGUUGGUCAGUCGCUACCACACUAGCUACCACGACCACCACCAUAACCAUCGCACGCCUGCCCCACCGCUGACAACAUCGGAUACAGUGCUUCCUGCAAACUAUUACUUGCGCAUAAAACACAAAACUUUACUGACUAGAAAAAAAAUAAGUGAAGGUGAAAGGUAUAGGUGAAACUGUUCCGAGCAGAUCCGGAGAUUAUAUCGAUUGUUGGAUUGAUAAGCGGAGGUGGCGGUUCCUCAUAGGGAAGGACGCGACCACCAUCCAGAGUGUAGUGCCGCGUUGCCAGGGCCAUGAGGGCGGGCGGCGGACGGCCACCAUCACCCCACCGCCGGUCGAAAACUUUCACUGGCUGCUGCACCUCCAAGACCAACGGCACGGACACGAGCAGCAGACUUGUGUGCUGGCGUGGGAAGCGGGACGUAGCUGUUGCAGUACCUAGCAGGCAAGACGCUCCCGGCCAAGCUAUGUUGUUCUAGUUCAGCGUGAAUAUUUCAUCUGAGUUAGUGGUCGCAGGAAAUGUUCGUGUUGGGUCCAGUGCUGUGCGUGAGGAAAGAUGUAUGAACGAGGAAUUAAGUUCCUGAGUGAAAACUGCACUCAUAUCAUGUAACACCGCAAAGUAUACAUUGAUGGCCUUAACGUAAACCUUCGCUGGAGAGUGUGGCCUCGUGACCAUGUGUGAAGGAUACGUGCUGAGCUCAUGGGAGGUGGUGGACGUGAACCGUGUAAAUGGUUCGGUGAAGCUACGACCAGUAUGGACCAAAUGCCCGGAGGACUAUGGACCCAUCGUGGCCGGUGUGUUCCUGUCCCUGGUGUUUGUGGUCGCUUUCCUGCUCAACAUGAUGGUGGUGGUGACGGUGGCCACCAGCUACACCCUCAAGCGAUACCUCUACUGCCACCUCCUGCUCAACCUGUGCGUCACCUGCCUCGUGGACUGCUUCCUUAACUUGAGUGUCGCCAUCGUGUAUGUCACCACCGCGCCCUGGAGGUUUGGCUACGCCGUGAGUUACGUCAAUGGCUUUACCAUGAAUCUUAUGAACAGCGAGAUGGCCUUUGUGGUAGUGCUGGUGGCGGGGGACAGAAUGGCCGCCGCCAGGAGGAAUACGGCUUUCCUUAGCAUGAAAAAGUACAAAAUGUGGCUGGCGGUGAGUCUAACAUGGGUUGUGUCAGUGCUCUUGGCGUCUCCGCUGCUGUUGGGACACGUACUCAGUAUGCCUUACAGAAACAGAUACUCGUGUUCGGUGGCUGACCCUCAGGACCAGUACUACCUGAUCGCCCACUUGGUGCUGGUGGUGGCGGCGCCCACGGUGGCACUCGUGGUGAUGGCCAUCUUAGUCGGGCGCACGUUUCACUGUGAACGAAGAAAACAGAGGAGAGUGAAGAACAGCCAGACGUUGAGCUAUUUUGACCAGAUCCUCAUGACGCCUUAUUUUAGGAAUGAGUUUUAUCCCACGCUGGCAGCGGGAGGUGUAGUGUGUGGAUAUUUACUUUUUUGGCUGCCCUUCACCACGCUCACCACCAUCUCUCCUAUGGUAACUGACCACUGGAAGAAUGACACUUCUCAGGAGGACACAGAUGAUCCGUCCACUCUCUUUGUCCCGUCUCUCCGUGUAAUGACUCAGGCGAAAGCCAUGCUGGACCAGGGCCAGCUGCAUUCACUCAACAAUACUGAAAGUCAGAUCGGCUCAAACAUGGCGACCAAUCUCACCGUGGAGGACAACCUCAUCUCGGAGGUGGUGAGGAGUCCUGUCUUCGACACUGUCGCCGUGUGGCUUCGCUUCCUGUUCAGCGUGUUUGCCCCGGCGGUGGUGUUCCUCACACUGAAGGAGGUGCGGUUCAAAUGCGAGAAUCUCAUCUUCUGCUGCAGACCAAGCUCAGUGGAUGCUGCCUCCCCUAAAACCUCGAGGCCUCUUUAUGCCAACACUAAGCGCUCCCAAGGAGGCAAAGAUACCGCAAAGUCAAAUAAGAACAAAAACAACAACAAAGACACCAUCAACUUUAAAACACCCAUUCUUUUCUCCACCUCAGAUGGUUUGCACAUCCGCACAGUGGAGGAGACUUUCCAGGAGGUAGUGAACAAGCCACUCGGGGCUUUCCCUUGGUCUGCCAACACGGAGCAGGAACCAAAGUUUGUGUACAGUCUUUGUGAUCUUGUUGUGGGAUAUGAAGACCUGACAGACUUUGACGGCCAAUUCCAUAUUGAUGACAAUUACGACUAUGACAGAGAUCCCGAGGCGGCAGGCUUAGGGGAGGAGAACUCCGUGGUUGUUGGAGCACAUCGCGCCGCUAUGGGCCAGAAGCCACUGCCACAACCUCCGGCAGAAGAAGAGAUUCCUGAAGAACAAGGAUCUGUAAAAGUUGAUUAUCGGCCGCCGACACCUCCACGAGUACAAGUUGUAGGUAAUGAUCCCGCCGUCAUUGUUGGCGAGGCUUUAGAAGACAACGGAAGGAAUAUGAAAGGGAGGAAGGUUGUCAGAUUUGCCCAAGUGAUUAGCCAGGAGAUUCCUCGCCCUUCCUCCUCUCAAAGCAACGUCCUCAAUUCAUCGGCUAACAGCUCACGCUCCAGCGACUCGGGCAUAAUUGCAGAUUCAGAGACAGAAGCUUCCUCUGCUCCUCAGCGCUUCAAGCCUCGGAAAAUACCACCAGAGACUAGGAUUAUUUCAAUGACAAAAUUUUCUCGGAAGCCUCCGGCAGCCCCAAGAAAAGUGCGGAGGCCUGGCCCAGCUGGAGGAGCGGCAGGGCGAGGUGGCCGGCGCCCCAUGGUCAGCACCAGAGUGAAAGGCAUCAAGAGCCGCCACUUACAAGCGCAGGCCCGAUCGCCCUCUGUUCCCCGCAGGUUCUCCAAGCCUAGCGAUGUGCCAAGGAGGUGAGGUACAGCAAGGCGAGGCAAGUUGAGAGCAUCAACCUUACCACAUAGGAAACGUCUCUCCUUGCAUCUCAGCAGGUGCCUCCACACACCGAACCAGGAUUACUGCUCUUGUUGACGACUGCGUGAGAAGCACAGCACGUGGGGACUUUAGCAACGCAGGAUAUUGAAACGUUACUCAAGAUGCCGUCAAAUCGUUGUGUGUGUAUGAGAGAGAGAGAGAGAGAGAGAGAGAGAGAGAGAGAGAGAGAGAGAGAGAGAGAGAGAGAGAGAGAGAGAGAGAGAGAGAGUCAGACCUCAUCUAGACUACGCUGUGCAGUUCUGGUGCCCACAUUACAGGAAGGAUAUAGGUCUAUUAGAAUCAGUACAAAGGAGAAUAACUAAAAGGAUACAGGGGAUGAGAAGUAUUCCUUACGAGGCGAGAGUGAAGCAGUUAAAUUUACAUUCUUUAGAGAGACGUAAGUUAAGAGGGGACCUGAUAGAAGUCUUUAAGUGGUAUAAGGGUUAUAACAAGGGGGACGUAAGCAAAAUUCUUAGGAUCAGCAACCAGGACAGAACAAGAUAUAACGGGUUCAAGCUUGAAAAACUUAGGUUUAAAAAAGAGAUAGGAAAGAAUUGGUUCUCAAAUAGAGUGGUAGAUGAAUGGAACGGACUCAGUAAUCAUGUUGUUAGUGCUAAGACAUUAGGGAGCUUUAAAAGAAGAUUAGACGGAUUUAUGGAUGGGGACGAUAUGUGGAAAUAGGUAGGUAUAUUUCAUACAGGGACUGCCACAUGUAAACCUGGUGGCUUCUUGCAGCUUCCUUUGUUUCUUAUGUUCUUAUGAGAGAGAGAGAGAGAGAGAGAGAGAGAGAGAGAGAGAGAGAGAGAGAGAGAGAGAGAGAGAGAGAGAGAGAGAGAGAGAGAGAGAGAGAGAAUAGUUAAAUUGAUCUAAAUUAAGUUUGUUGUCUAAACUUAACUUAAUUAUGAAGCACAAUUCAUUCGUUAUCCAUAAACGUUAUCUUCCACAUGAUUAGUUUAUAUUGAUGUCUUAUUUUAGCAUAACACACACACACACACACACACACACACACACACACACACACACACACACACACACACACACACACACACACACACACACACACACACACACACACACACACAACUCGUUUUUAUAUGAAUAUUGUUACAUUUAUAAACUAUUUCUUCUCUCUUUGAUCUCAGUUUUACGUACUAUGCAAUAAAGGCGUACCUCACGUAAUUUAUUGUCCGGUUGUUACACUUCAAGGCAACAUAAUAUUCACCUCCCAGAACAAACUGGCUUCUCUCUAGAUAUAUUUUGGUAUCCUCCUAUUGGUACUGGUAAUAUACUAUUAUUUGUUCUAUGUUUACCGAAUGUUACUUGGAAUUUUGUUUUCAGAUUGGUUAAACAUUCCUCUAUUUCAUAUUCGCAUUUAAAAAUCAGGCAUAAAUAUAACAUAUUUACUAUACCACUGUUAUAACAAAGAUAAAUCCAUUACUGUAAAGCCUUUAUUCCAGUUUUUCCAUUCAUGCAGAUUUAAGGACUUCUUGUCAUAACCACACUCCCGAGAAGCCACACGUAUGUAGUGACAGUAUAAUUUUCUUCACCAUAAUUAAUAACUGAACAGUGCAGCAGCGUCCUGGUACAUCAUUCACUGGUGUAUGCUUAUGAGGUUACUUUUCAGGUGUAAAUCUAACCCAAUGUGACUUAUCCGAAUUUUUUUAUUAAUGUCAAGGAUAGAUUCCAUGUAAGCCCCUCGAAAACAAUGCCAUUAGAUAUAUUUCCUUGUAAGCAUUUUUUUUUAAUAAAAAAAUUUCUUCGUGUAAAAAUGCUACUUUUCUAAUUACAUUAAAUCACCAAACCCCACAACUGCACAACACAACAUGCAACACUGUGACUGUGGAACUACUAAAUAACUCAAUUUCAAGCAGUGCAGGGAAAUCAGAUUUCUUGCGCUUUACAUUACACCUUUUCUUAGUUCGUAAAUAUGCUGCAUUACAUUACUGUUGAACUCUUAAAAUCUCCCAUUCCUGCUGAAUAAUACACCAAAGUAUUUAUAAAUCAAAACUGUUUACAUAUUUUCAAUCCUGUGUUUAAAAUUACAGCCUUCAGCCUGGCCUUUUUCUUUUAUGUUGCAGUUAAUUUAAUCACUCACCCAUUGACAGCGGUCAGUCAGUCUUAAGAGAUCUGGCCACUGAUCAAUGAAUUUAAAUUUUCACCCUAAAUAAUUUUCAUAGAAACCAAAUAUGUAGCUUUACUACUAACAAAAAAAUCUGAUAUUUCGUGAUUUACAACAACACAUGACUUGAUACUACUGUACAUAUUUUUAGCCAAAUUAUGAAAUUUACCUGCAAUCCAAGAUUUAAGUCUGUAUCACAACCUAUCAGCUUAUGUAAUGUCAAAAAUCUUUCUGUAAUCACUUAAUAACUAGUUUUUUUUUCCAAAGGAAAAAAAUAUAACAUUUUGUAAUCAAAUACAUGUUCUAUAGUACAAUAACUCUUUCUCGCCUUAGAUUAAUUUAUUAAGGCUCUACCCUCUGUAUUUUUGACAAUUUAUUGUAAUUGUCUUUAAUUACUUCAAAUACAAUGUCUGUGAUAAUCCUAGCGAUGCCAAACAGUACUGAAUCACAAAAGUCCUUGAUCAUUUUACUUCAGCUUUAUUAACUCUCUGUAUUAGGUCACUGUUAUUAAAUCCGUCAUCAAUGUUCUCUCCGUCCAGAAUGUCGAUGCUAGUGUUCUUGUUCACACCCUUCUUGGUUGCUUUGUUUUAUUACCCAUCUCCUUCCACGGCUCCUAUUACAUCCAGAAUUAAUAUUUAUUGAUAUUUAAUAAUAUUUAUCCGUGUAUAUCCUGUGUAUAUGCUCACGGUCAACUCAGGAGCCAGACAGCACAGGGUUAAUUCACUCGGAAGACGUUGUAGUUUGUAAUAUAUAGACGGGGAGAAAUCAAAGAAGCUGUCUGAACGUCCACCCCCGUCAGAGAGAGAGAGAGAGAGAGAGAGAGAGAGAGAGAGAGAGAGAGAGAGAGAGAGAGAGGGGUGUGUGUGUGUGUGUGAAUGAUUCUCAGUCGGAGCACCAUAACUCCAUAAAUGUUCUGGCGUGCCACAGUUUGGUGUUUUCAGUCGAUGCAACGUCGGCUGGUGUUUUGUUGAUUGAGUGAAUAAAGAAAAUAAGUCAAGGA